AUGAAAGAUAUUUCUCCAUCUCCAUACUUUCAUACCCCCUACUACUAUAAAAAAGUUAGUGAUGCCUCUAAAUCAGUUAAGAAAUUCAAAGUUGAGCUAGUCACAAAUCUACUUGCAGAAGGACAGCAUUUGUCUCUGGUGGAGCUAGCAGCAAAGGAGGUUGCAGCUAACAUUCCCUUUGAAGUCGUAGAGAGAGUCUAUCCUCCUGUACCGGAACAGUUGCAACUGCGUAUAGCAUUCUGGAGUUUUCCUGAAAAUGAAGAAGACAUUAGGUUAUAUUCUUGUUUGGCAAAUGGAAGUGCAGAUGAAUUCCAAAGAGGAGAGCAUCUUUUCAAAGCAAGAGCUGUAAAAGAGCUACUACAAAUAGGGUUUCAUUUAAGUGCAACAGUUCUCCCUUCUCAGAACCCACCAAUUUGUAAAGGCUCGUAUAGCGUAGCUGUAACAUUUGAUCGUUGUCGAAUUACAUCCUGUACCUGCACAUGUAAUAGUGCAGCAUCUUGGUGUUCCCAUGUUGUUGCUGUUUGUCUUCAAAGAAUACAUCAACCAAACCAAGUACGGCUUCGAGCUCCAGUGUCAGAAUCUCUAUCUCGCCUCCACAGAGAGCAGCUUCAGAAAUUUGCUCAGUACCUGAUCAGUGAACUCCCUCAACAGAUUUUGCCAACAGCUCAGAGACUGUUAGAUGAGCUUCUUUCAAACCAGCAAACUGCUAUUAACACAUACUGUGGUGCACCAGAUCCUACUGCAGGAGCUUCUGCUAGUGAACUGACCACCUGGUGUCUAGAUGAAGGAACACUUCAUGAGAACAUUCGGAAAAUCCUUAUUAAAUUGUGUGUUCCAUCACCCAUGGUUUUUAGUGAUGUAAACUACUUGUCCUCCACAGCACCACCAGCUGCAGCUGAAUGGUCCAGUUUACUCAGACCUUUACGAGGUCGUGAACCCGAAGGGAUAUGGAACUUGCUUCUAAUUGUACGAGAGAUGUUCCGUCGAAGUGAUCGCAAUGCAAUUCCUUUAUUACAGAUUCUAACUGAAGAGGUUCUUGCUUGUGACCAGAUUUUGGUGUGGUGGUUCAACACCAAAGUGUCACUUCACAUGGGUAGUAGUGGACAUGGCAGCCGAGGAAGUGUUCAUAGUAACACACAUGCUUCUCAACAAGCCUGUAGCAGUUUAUGUGAUGAAGUGGUGAUUCUCUGGAGACUUGCUGGCCUUAACCCUGCCUUGUCUCCACAAGAACGUCAGAAUUUCUUUUACCAGUUGCAUGAAUGGCAUCUAAAAACAUUGGAAAGAGUGUGGAAGGUGAGAAACAAUAGUGGUAGUGGAGCAAGUGGCAUCAAACGGUCUGAUAUUGAUGUCUUUACUGGCUUUAAACCAGCAAUGGAAGCUUGUCUGUUGGAUUGGAGCGACUAUCCCAUUGAAGGUGUCACUUACACAGGAAAAGGUGCAAGCCGUUGGUAUGUUCCCUAUACCCAAGGUCGUGGCUCUGAUCACUCUGUUUCUUGUAUGACUUCAAAACCAACAGAUUUUUGUCAUAUUAAUAAUCGAAGAGGACGAUCAGUAGAUGUAAGUUCAUGUGUUGAAGGACGUCUUCAUAGCAGGUUGGCUCCUCCAGUUCAUCGCUGUUCACAGAAUUCUGGAAAAAUAUGCAGUGAGAGCAAUCGAAGCUCCUUGAGCAGUGAGGGGUUUUGUGAAAAUGAAACAGAGCCAGUAGAAAGUUAUACUCAAUUUUCUGGACCCAUACCAUCUGAAACAAAGGUUCCAAUCACUGUAAAUAUUCAACCACCUUAUGGUGAGAGCAUGUCUAAUGAUUCAAAUGGUAACUUACAACUUCAUUCAUGUGAAGAUUCUUCCAGAAAGACAGAAGCCCUAUGUGCUAGUAUUGCACCUAAAGUCAAUGGUGAGCUUUCAGAUCUGACAUUAAAGAGCAGUUGUGUGGAUGAAACUGCUGAUUCUUCAAAUCCUCCAGAAGUUGGCAUAGCUAAUGAACUUGAGAAAUCCUCCCCAGAAGAAGAUUCUGACUGGUCAAAUCCACCUGAAGAUAACUGUCAAGCUGGAAAGUCAAGAACUCAGGGUGAUGAAAACAGUGAACAUAAUGAAUCUCAGCAGUCCAGUGAUGAGUAUCAAGUAUACUACUACAAUCCUCAAGCCAUCCUGCCAAGCCCUGAAAAGGUUCCAGAAACAAAGACAGAAUCAGAGCGCUUCACUGUGUCAGUGAAAAAGAUAGAAGAUCCACUUGAGGUGUUGUUUGCUCGAGCAGAAGCUCUUCAUGCACAUGGUCAUACACAGGAAGCUUGCAAGUUAGCAGUGAAACUAGCAGAGGAACUACUAGCUAACCCUCCAAAUUUUGUGGUUGAUAUGCCUGCUCAACCAAACCGUGGCAAAAGAAAUCGUCGUUUUAAUCCAGCAUGUCAUCAAGUCAGUCUACAUGCAUCUGCUACAUUGUCCAAGGCUGCCUUUCUGUGCUCAGUUCUUGGAGAAAAUCCUGACCAUUCUCAUCUAGCCUUUCGUGUUGGGCUUUUUGGAUUAGAACUUGCAAGACCUCCUGCUUCCACCAAAGCUUUGGAAGUUAAAAUGGCAAAUCAAGAGCAAGAUUUGGUUGGUUUGUUGAAACGUAUCAUGCUAACUGAUGCUGAGCUGAAGGUGGUUAGAGAACGAGCUGAACAGUUACGGUCAGGACAGCUUCAGUCAAGAGGGGAAGCACUUCUACCUCUAAUGUUGUCCAGUUUCAUAUUUGAUGCAUUAGUUCUGUGUGGUCUUUCAUCAGGUGAUGUAACUAGUGUUUCGAGUAAAUCUGUCACUGACGAGGAGUUAGGAUUUGAAGCAGCAGUUGCAGCUCUAGGAUUAAAAGCCAAUGUGUCUGAAGCUGACCAUCCAAUCCUAUGUGAAGGUACACGUCGACAAAGGGGAGAACUGGCCCUUACCCUACUUGUUCAUUAUAAAGAUGAUCAACAAAAACUUUCGAAGAUUAUGAACAAGCUUCUAGACAAGGAAGAUUCCCAAAGCCAUAAAAAUCAAGUACAAAGUACUUAUUACACACCACCAUCAUGUACAGACAGCACUACAGUACUUCAAGGAUCUCAGUCUUUGGAAAAUGGAGAAGGAGAAAAUAAUAAAACUGCAGUGCUCUUUGGUGAAAGAAUUGAUGAUGAACAAGUGCAAGAUGAAACUGGAAAUGUUGUAUCAGCAGAAGAUAUUGUUUCUCGAAGAAAGGCUACUAGUCAUUUGGGCUUACCAAAAAGCCAUGUUAAAACUAGUGGAGCUCGUGCAAAGGAAUCCCAUCGUCACAGAAAUCGUGAACGUGGUGAUAGUGAAGGAGCUUCUAGCCCAGGCUGGGAAGAAGAUUAUAAGGCAUGGGAGGCAAAAUUUCGUUGUACCAAUUUCCACACUAGUAAAAAACAUUCUGCUGGAAUGGCCAGUAUAGAUAGUAGUGCUCCUGAAACUACUUCUAGUGACAAUUCACCAACAGUUGUGAGAAGAAGUACCUGGAUAAAAACUGGAGGGCCUGGAAGUGACAGUGGCAGUAGUGGGGAAAGUAGCAAUUCUUUUGUUUCCAGUUCUUCUGGUGAUAAAGGAACUCGGAACAAAAACAGGGAUUCUGAAAGCCCAUCUCAAGUUAGCCGUUUUGGAGGAGCUUUUCCUGCUGGAGACAGUUUAAAUCGACAUAUAACAACUACUGUGAAACCAACAAGAUUCAAAGGUAAAAGAGCAUAUCCUAAUGUUCCAAACCAACCAAGUGAAGCCUCUGCUCAUUUCAUGUUUGAACUGGCCAAGACUGUACUUACUAAAGCAGGAGGAAACAGUAGUACAGCUGUGCUGUUUACACAACCAUCUGCAGGUCAGAACCAUAGAGGCCCACACCGUGCUCUCCACAUAUGUGCUUUCCAAAUUGGGCUGUAUGCUCUUAAACUACAUAAUGCUGUUUCUCCUAACUGGCUGUCCCGGACCUACUCUUCACAUGUGUCAUGGAUUACUGGUCAGGCUAUGGAGAUAGGUAGCUUAGCCAUCAAGGACAUUCUUAUUGACUCUUGGGAAGGUCAUCUAACACCUCCUGAAGUAGCCUCCCUUGCAGACAGGGCAUCAAGAGUCAGAGAUCCAGCAAUGGUUAGAGCUGCAGCUGAGCUAGCUCUAUCCUGCCUUCCUCAUGCACAUGCACUUAACCCUAACGAAAUUCAGCGUGCUCUCAUACAAUGUAAAGAACAGUGUGUCGAGAUGCUGGAGCGUGCAUGUCUGGCAGUGGAGUCUGCAGCAAAGGGAGGAGGAGUGUAUCCUGAGGUUUUAUUUGAUGUAGCUCACAGGUGGUAUGAACUCUAUGAAGAAACGCUACAAGGCCAGCAAGAUCACAUCUCAGAAUCUCAUGGUUUUUCUGCUGACAUGACUUUUGGACAUUCGAAUACAGAGCAGUCUGGAACCCCUGUGUCUUCAGCUGCAGAGACAUUAGCCAUGUUGACUACUUGCCAGGUUGAAGGAAUGGUUACCACAACUCCCACAGUUCAGGUCUUUCCACAACUUAGUUGUCAGCCUGUAUCUUAUUCCCUUCCAUACCCUGCACCUCCUUAUGGCUAUAUUCAAGGUGUCCCUAGUCCAUUUCCUCAUGGCCCUGUACCCCUUCACCCUGCAUAUCUUCCACCUCCCCCUACUUAUGCUUAUCCAGCACUGGCAAGUGCUUCUUACUAUCCUACAACCUACACAUCAACAGUAGCAGGUGCAGUUCAUGUACGACACACUACUCCAGGACUCUAUACUGGACAGCUGUUAGGUGUGCCAGUGACACAGGCAGCAAUGACCCAACCACGGCCAGUCUUGCCAGUUAGUCCAAGUCCUCCACCUUCUGUCCCUCCACCUCAGCAGCCUCAAGUUCACAACCCAAUAUCUCAGCUAAAUCAGCGACAGUUGAACUACCUGUUAGCAGCAUAUCGUGUUGGAAUGUUAGCUAUGGAGACCUUAGCCCGUAGAGUACACGAUGACAGGCCACAGGCUAAAUAUGCACGCACCCCUCCAUAUGGUGAAGAUGUGAAAUGGCUUCUUGGAGUUGCUAAAAAAUUGGGGACAUCAUAUCUUCAUGAUUUCUGUAUCUGCACGGUUAAUAGUGUUGCCAGCCCUUUUGUUCUUCAUGACUUGGUUUUGGAUGCAGCUCACUAUCUCUCUCUGUCAAGUUCAUCCCCUAUGGCUCAAGGCCUAAGAUCCCAUCUCCUCACACCCCUUAUUCAGAAAUGUCAACAGAUGUUUAUAGCAUGCACUCACUUCAAGAUGUACCACAUCACACCUGCUGAAUAUGAAGAAUUUGUCAACAUUAUUCGAAAAGCAAGGUCAGCUUUUCAGCUCACCCCAGGAGGGAUGGUUCAGUUUUCAGAGCUGUUGCAGAGUCUGCGUCGCUCCAAGUCCUGCAAAAAAGAACUCUGGCAGAAAAUUUCAAGUGUUCUUGUUACAUCAGCCAUUUGAUGAUAAAUAACAUAGCAUCAAAACAUUUCUUUAAGAUAACAUACAUUCUGAGCUAUUUGUUGUCUAUGUUUUAAAGCAUGCUCUUUUCUGUUUUGAAAGCCACUGCGGUAUCUGGACCUGCUGUCAUUUUUUAGGGUAUUCGAUCUUCACAUCAUCGUCUACCAUGAGAAUGACUGUCCAAAUACACCUAUUGGCUCAGGUCUCAACAUGGUCAUCAAAAAGUGCUCAAACUCAUUAUGAGAAAAGGUUUUAACUGUUUGUACAUUCAGUUGGUUUGUGUUUUCUAAUUUCUGACUGUACACCAAUUACAUUAUUAUUAUUGUUGUUGUGGAGUACUCUUACAAUGAAAAACUCUUAUAUAUUGGUGGUUUGUUGUUAUUAAAAACAGCUUAUUCAUAGAAGCAUAUCUGUAAAUGUAUGUUACUUACAAGAAUCCACUAUCAUAUUGUUGUUCACUGACUAAUACUUUUGGGUAAAAUCCAUCCAUAAGAUAAACAAAGUGUCCCACAGGAAAUAUUUUGAAUCUUUUAAAGACUAUUGUAUUAUUACAGGAUUUUAUUACAAAUUCUCAGGUCCCAUUCAGUCGAGAAAAUAACAUGUAUGCAGUAUCCUUAAAAUAUGGAAAACUUAUAAAUCAAAAUUGUUGCUUUUUGGGAAAGUAUGAUCAUUUUACUUGUUUAGAAACUAAUUAACACUUAAUUAUUUCAUUCUUUAUCAUAUAAAAUUAUCAAAUGCAAAUGUUAACUUGAGUGAGGAUAUUUCUAUAGAAAUUAAGAAAACUAUAGAAGACAUUGGGUACUUUUUUUAUACCAUUUAUGAUUGGGAAUGGGAUCCUGAAGUGGGCUCUGAGUAAAGUUUUAUGAAUCCCUUUAUGUAGAUAAAGAAUGCUCCUUUAAGUAGCUUAAAGAACACGGUGCAAAAUAAAUGCUUCCCAAACUUGAUGUCAGUUUACAAAAAUUAAAUAAUUUUAGAAUAUUAGGUGGUUGUACUUAUCUCCACUCUCAAGGUGGUUAUGCUGUAAAGCAAAUAUUGAUUUUUUUUUUUCAUUGAAAUUACACUCUUGACAAAAAUAUAAAAUGUGUUGUACUAUCUUCCCCCUCAUUUUUUGCUUUAUUUUUGUGUACUAAUAUAAUGUAAACUAAUUAUGAAAGAUUGUAUCUGUUAUGUAAUUUUAUUAUAAUUUGUUUGCUUUCUUUGCUCUUCAUUUAGGCUUGUUGAGCAGAAUUGAUAAUGAAAGUUGUACUAUAGGAACCAGGGGCAGAACAAUCUGAUUCAGUUCAUAUUAAUCCUAAUAAGUUAGCUAUUAAACUGACUGUUUUAUUAUCAUUGUACUUAUACUUUCACUUUAACCCAACUAACAAAGUCUUAUAGUUUUUGUUGUUGUUUGAGUAAUCAUUGAGUGUUUAGUAAUUUUAUGCAUUAGCUUAUGACAUUGUUGAAAAUCAAUAGACUUGUAAACAUAGAUCAGAAACCUGUAAUGUUGACCUUGAUGGUUUAAAAGUCCAUUGUUGUUUCUAGAAUACAAGUGAAUUUAUUAAUGACAUUUUAAGUAUCAUUUAGCUUUCACUGUGCUAAAAGAUUAUGCAUGGUGUGAUUAUAUAUGUAGACAUAAAAGGUACAUGUUUCUUUGGUUUUAUCGUGAGUCAGGGGUAGUUGGUAUACAUGUUUUUAUCUGGUAGAUAUUUGUACUAAUAACAGUAUCAUGAAAACUAUUUUAUUACUUUCUCAAACUCCCUGAUUCAAAUAGAUACAGUCUUGUUUAUCAUCACACGUUUGGUGAUAGUUCAAAAACUGCACAUGAAAUGGAAGAAACAGUCAUUCUACUGAACAGUUAUAAGCCAACAAAGUUUGUUUUUCAUUUAUAAAAUAGUAAUAAAAAAAAACACUCAUAGCUCCAAUUUUUAUAUUCCAGUUCUAUGGUGUGUGUCCCCACCCCACUCCACCUUCCCAGAUACAUAGUUGUGAUGUUUUAUCUUAGAUAGGAUGUAUGCUCUAAAAAUAUUUUAAGUUGAAAAAAACAAUGUUUCAGUACUGUGUAUAUUUGUGAUGGUGUCUUUCCUCAGUUAGUUAUUGUACUUUUGGUAUAUGUUGUCUUUGUUUCUUCAGAAAAAAAUAUUUUAUUUCACCUAUAGCUUGCUCAUUAAAACCUCUCAGAACAAAGGUUAUUUUAGCCAUAGUAGAAGAAAGUUGUAAACCAAAGUACAAGACAUGUUCUUCCCUGUAAUUUUAUCUAGUAACAACAGAUUGUUUAUACACAAUAUUCAGGCUUUCGCAUGGUAUGAAGAAAGACAACAGUACAAGAGAAUCAAUUGUCAGUAGUUUUUCAUAACAAAACACAAACCAUUGUUUGGGUUGUCAGUCUAUGCUAAAGUGAUCUAUUGUUGAAAUGUUUUAUUUUAUGAAUAUCAAGACUGUGCCAGAAAAGCUCUGAAUUUACUAGUGUCAUAGUGAAAUAAUUUCUAAUUUGCUCACUUCAAAUAAUUGUAUUAUAGUUAAUCAGCCAUACUUAAGAUCAGUGUACCUCAGAUGUCACAGUUAUAUUAGAUGUGAAAAUAUUGCUUAUAAAUUUCAAUUGAUUGUCAUUUGAAUCUAUAACUGGAGCAUUUAAUUAUGAUACAUUUGGCAUUUUGGACACUUCUUCAUCAUAGAUUGAGCAACUUUAGAGGCUUAACAGAACAAGAAAUAUUUUGAAAUGAUACAUUCACAAAAAUCUUUCUAAAAUGAUAGCUUUCAUUAAUUACUUUACAAAAAGAUAUUUAAAUACUACAUUUUUGUAAACAAGAUUUCAUUUUAGAACAUCUCUUUCAUUUUCAUAGAAAUUUGGGUAUACUGUAGUCAAUAGACAUAUGUUUAAAACCAUUAUGGAUCAACAAAAUUAUGGGAGUUUUCUGAAGGUAUAGAUGAACCAUAUCUGAGUUCUUAUGAGAUUAUUUUCUGUCACAAACAAGUCAAGUCUGUUUGAUAAUUCUACAUUUGAUAAAUAGCUGUUACAUAGGUUCUCGUAAAUGGUAAUUUGUCAAAUACAAAUGCAAUAGACAGAAUAUGUUUCUACAGUACUGUCACUUUUAAAUAAGGUACGACAGUCACAAUGGUAAUUUGUCAAAUAAAAA